UCUUCCGCCGCCGCGUACGUCUUGUUGCUAGGGUUUCGUUUCGCCUCCCAAUCGUCUGCUCGAUGGCGGCCGAGGAAGGCGAGAAGAAGAUGAUCACGCUCAAGAGCUCGGACGGUGAGGAAUUUCAGAUCGAGGAGGCGGUCGCCAUGGAGUCGCAGACCAUCCGCCACAUGAUCGAGGACGACUGCGCCGACAACGGGAUCCCGCUCCCCAACGUCGACUCCAAGAUCCUCUCCAAGGUCAUCGAGUACUGCAAGAAACACGUCCAGGCCAGCCCCAAACCGGCCGACUCCGGCGCUGCCGCCGACGCCAGCUCCUUCACCUCUACUGCAGCCGCCGCCCCUGCCGAGGACCUCAAGAGCUUUGACGCCGAGUUCGUCAAGGUCGACCAGGCCACCCUCUUCGACCUCAUCCUGGCUGCAAACUACCUCAACAUCAAGGGAUUGCUCGACCUUACUUGCCAGACCGUUGCAGACAUGAUCAAGGGGAAGACCCCGGAGGAGAUCCGCAAGACUUUCAACAUCAAGAAUGACUUCACACCCGAGGAGGAGGCGGAAAUCCGCAGGGAGAACCCGUGGGCUUUUGAGUAGAGAAGAGAAGCAUUUAGUUAGGCACUGUUUCAUUGAAUUACUGCUUAGUAUUCAUCUUUUAUACUUCGUAUUAUGCAAGAAGAAACCUAUCGUGGUCGGUUGUCAUUAGUUCAUUACUUGUGAAACUGAAUUGUUAUUUGUCAAGUGGAUGCUUUGAUUGGUAACAUUAUCCUUAGCUGAUUUAUGCGUGUGAUUUGAGAUAUUUUUGGCUAACUUGAAAUAGCCAUAUUGUUUCGGAUUUCAUAUCUACAGAUUUGCUAAAGAUCUGUUGACAUGAUUUUCAUUUGGCAUCAGGUCAAUUUUGUGACCUUUGGAAUCUCAACACGCAGCAGCAGCAUUUGUCCAUCGCGCAGAGCGGGCGCGUGUUUGUUGUUUUGUUUCGGGUUACAGGUCUCCACUGGUCUUGACGCCAACCAGGUCCCCAAAAUCCCGUGCCACUUCGUCGUUUUUUGCUAGCGCCUAGUGAGAGGAGGCGCCGAGAGACAGGCAGGACGAGCUUCUCCACCCAACGUCCAUGCUCAGCGUCGCUGGGAACGUUGUCCCAUCCCUGCGCACCCCCCUCGCAAGCGAGCGCCAUCAUUCAGUAUCGGAUUGAUGUAGUAUUUCUUUUGGUUAUGUUGGCCAUUCAAGCAUGUGACAUUCCACUAGUACCACUCGUUCACUUCUUAAUUAGGGAUUAAUACGCCCCUGUGAUGGACAUUAUUCCGGGAUCGGCUUAUAACUCAAGCUCUCACCAGUGAGUAGUUACAUGAAGUGCAAAACACAAACUAAUGCGCUCUGUUUUGGACCUACAGUACUACUUGUGUUUCUCUUCUGUAUAGUACUACGUUCAUCUGCGACUGUCUUCUUUUCCCCAAGUUUUCACUAGUACUGCGUUUGAACAAUUGGGGUCUCUCUCCAUUGGCAACAUGUAAAAUUGACGAAGUUGUACUGAAGCACUCAUGCUAGCUAGCUGUUACUUGUCAUUUUGGUUGCUUAAUUAUUUCCUGUCGUGCUACUGAUCUGAGGUUUGCCCUCCUGAAACUUUGAAACAAUAUUUGUUUUCCUUUUGCUGCACUGGACAGUGAUGGA